CAGUGGCAAGAGAUAUUGAUGAUAAACCCAAUGAUGGCCGUGAACCCUUUAUUGACAGCAUCAGGGCAUCAGAGGAUUCCACUGGUUCCCUCACCAUUUGAACCUCCAAGUGUGGAUAGAGAUUUACUGCCUCCCACUGUAGCUCCAACUGACCCAAGACAGUUUUAUGUUCCUUCCCAAUUUGGAUUCUCUGCUCUACCAAAUGCAAAUAUGCCGAACGUGCUGUCCAGUCAUGUCUACUCAGGUUGGGGCAUUUUGCCACCUGAAUCCAUAAAGGCAAUGGCUAGAAGGAAUGAAAUGAUUCAAAGGCAGCAUACUGCCAGGAUGGAAAUGGAAAUGCAUGCCAUUUACCAACAAAGGAGAAUAGAAAAAGUUAAUUCCAAGGGACUAGCAGGCCUAGGGGUACCAUUCCUUUAUGGCUUCAGUAUCCCAGCUGGCCCAGCCACCGACCAUGGCAGGAGCAUGCUCCCUGCCAGUGACCUGCAUGCUCACAGAAGCGCCCUGAGAAACUUUCAGGGAAACCCCAUGCUAGUGGCAACCGGUCCGCACUUUCUAGAGAGCUGGGGGCAGAAAUGUCGUCGUCUCAGGAGAGGUACAGGGAAUCAGAAAGUUCUAGACAGUGACACCGAGAGUUCUAAAAGUGGAGUAGAAGAAAAGCCCCUAGGCCAAACCCGUGCAAUUCCCUGUGAAGAGAAUGAGUAUGCAAAAGACCCAGAAACAGACACUCUCAACAAUCACAAGUUGGGUGAAACUGAAGAAAAUCCAUCUACAGCUCUUGCCCACACCUUUGGAGAGCUGGAGCGCGGCCAUGGAAAACCCUGGGGAGCUCAUGGCACUCCCCUGGAAGAAAAGGCCUGGGACAAUGGGAAGGAGAAGGCUUCAGAGCAGGUUUUGGCAGCCUGUGGUGAAAAGAAUGAGGUUUACCCGCCAGUUCCUCGACCGUCUCUGCCAGGAACACAUGUGCUUCUUACAAUCAAGGAAAAUCUAUCUUUGGAUGAAGAUAUUCAGAAAUGGACCGUGAAUGACGUGUACAACUUCAUUAGUGGCCUUCCAGGUUGUUCAGACUAUGCUCAGGUGUUUAAAGAUCAUGCAAUUGAUGGAGAAACUUUGCCAUUACUCACAGAGGGGCAUCUUCGAAGCACUAUGGGCUUAAAGCUGGGGCCGGCACUAAAGAUCCAAUCGCAGGUAUCUCAGCAUAUGGAAAGUAUAUUCUACAAGAAAAGUCUUUCACUUCCUACCCACACGAAACAAGCAUUCAAUCAACCAACAGAUACAAACCCUCUUUUGGAUUUUAAUUCCUGGAGUGAUACACUGGACGUUCCUUGUUCCCAGGAUAUGAUCAUUCCUAAAAGAAAUGAGCGAGAUACUAUGAGAAAUUAAAACCCUCACAGAGCAAGAACAGUCUUAAUCGGUUUUCUGAAAAGUCUGGCAUAUUCUGAAGGGUGUGUGGGGGUUUCCCAGGACCAGAUGGCGGAUCAGAGGGAGAGAAAGCCCACCCUCCUGAGCUCUCGGGGAGGAGGCCUUGCCCAGGCUUCCUGAGGUGACCACAUCACAAAGUGGCUGGAGGCGUAUCCUUGGAAGCAAAUACUAGAUGAAGGAUAGAAUUUGCAAACAUCAAAUUUGUAUAUAUAAAGAGGUGUAUUUCUUUUUUUUCCCUUCAGUUUUAUUGAGAUACUAUUGACAUAACAGCACUGCAUAAGUUUCAGGUGUACCACAUAAUGAUAUGACUUAAAUACAUCAUGAAAUAGCUAUCACAAUAAGUUUAGUGAAUAUCCGUCAUCUCUUAUAGAUACAAAAUGAAAGAAAUAAAGUUUUUCCUUGUGAUGAGAACUCUUAGGAUUUACUUAACAGCUUUCAUAUAUAAGGUACAGCAUGUUCAUUCAAUUUAUCAUGUGGUACAUUGCAUCCCUAGUACUUACAGCUGGAAGUUUGUACCCUUUGACGACCUUCAUUAAAGAGGUCUAUUUCUGAUUUUCAAAAAAAAAAAAAGAAAGCUAUAGUUGGAUGUUUCCACGAGGAUAUCUGUGCAGAAGCCAGAAAAACUGACACUGAAAAACAGAGCUCCUAACUGUCUUCACUGGCUUCCCAUCCCCCAGCCCAGAGAGAGACAGAGGCAACCCAGUGGAGCCAGAAGGAGGAAGAAGAGAAAGUGAAGUACAAAAUAGAGAAAUAGAGGAGCUGAGCACAAGGCCCCAGCUUUUCUCAUGGCAGGCUUUCAGCCUGAAGGAAGCUGGAGAAAGGAACGGGCAGAAGCUCGAACCUUAAAGUUCAGAGUUCGACUGUUACUCAGCUUUUUCCUUCUGAUAUGAAACCAUGUUAUGACUAAAAACAACUGGAGGACUCCUUAUGACCUGAGACGGAGAGGAAAGGGCAUAGUGACCACCUCCUAUUUCACCCAAGAGGUGGGGAAGAGUUACCUCCUCAAAGCAGUACUGAACUGGCAAGAUCGAGGGGAGACGAUGACGGCAGCUUCCGCGCGUGCCCUGUGGAAUCCCACUCUUUCAACUUCACAUUGAACAGAAAGACUGUGAAAGGAUCUGCAGGGAGCUGAUAAGCGUUUGCUCAAGGAGGGUAUUGGGUGACAGCGGUGUGAGGGAGACUUCUGACUAUAUAUCCUCUGGUACAUUUAAAAUUUUUAACUAUGAGAACGUAUUUUCUGUUUUUAAAAUUUAUAUUUAAAAUAAACAA